AUGUCCAGCCAGUGGCUGCUGCUUCUCUUCGGUGCUCUUUGGCGACCGACAGGAGGCAUUUCCAUCGAGACGCCACAGUACGAGCUGCACCGCUACCUCUUCGCCAACUACUCAACCUCGAUCCGGCCGAUCGCCAGCCACACUACGCCCACCACCGUCGAGUUCGAGGUCUCCAUUUACAACCUGAUCGACCUGGUGAGGACCGGCCUCUCACCCCUGCCCAGCAGCGCCGACUCGGCUUACGAAUGGGCCAUCUACAACACGCUGGCGAUCGUGAAGUCGUCCGGGGAGGUGACUAUGCUGUCGCACGCCAUCCUGCGCUCCUCCUGCGAGAUCAACAUCCGCUACUACCCGUUCGAUCAGCAGCUCUGCGUCAUGAGCUUCUCCAGCUGGUCGCAGGACAUCACCCAGAAUGUGUAA